AAAUCGUAUCUAAUUUAUUAAUUAGGAUCCAUAAUAUAUAAUAUUGUUCAGUUUUAAUAUUAUAAUAAUGUUUUUGAAUAUGUUUCAGAUAAGAAUCAGAGCAAUGCAGGUCCUGCCAGCAAUAUGCAAAGACUCCAAAGAGUAUGUACCAAAAGUAACAUAUAUUCUGGCACAACUGUUGAAACUUGAUGAAUCUGAUGACAAUACCCCUACAAAUACUUUGUCUCAGAUUUAUAAGGAAGACCCUGUUUGUACACUCAAGACAGUUUUUAACCAUGUCAGCAGUACCGAUGAUGCAACAGAAAGGGAGAAGUGUUUGCAGUUUAUUUAUAAGAAGAUUAUAAAAAUGGAGGAAAAAUUGACAAGUGAAAUCUAUGAUCUGUUAUUAGAAGAAGGGAAAAAGAUAAUACCAGAAUCUGAUGGAACCGAAUUUGGCCUCGUAAUGCCCUAUCUAACAGCCUCAAAAUUGACAAAAACCAUAGCAGGGCAACAAGAACUUGUAAACCUUGUUGAUGAGAAGGCAGAAAUUGAUGGUUCUUUUGAUCCUCUGGAAGAAAAUGGCCAAAAUGUUAAUCGUGUGAUGAUGUGUGUGGACUUUGCCCUGCCCUUAUUCAAUGCAAAUGUUGAGUCCACAAAAUUCACAAAGUUCUACUGUGACCAAAUUCUGCCCAAUUAUUAUGCAAUAGGUACACUGAAGGAGGGCUCUACCCUACAGUAUCAUGCUUUGAAGCAACUGGCAGAGCUCAGUACACAUUGUGGGAAACUAGAGAACCCAUCCCUUCAUGUGGUUCAGAUUUUCGAUAAAUUGAAGCACUUUAUGCCUUUACCACCAGAGGACGCAGACUUAGAAAAAAUGCCCAAUUUGGAUUUAACUUCAGUAGAAUGUCUACUGUACGCCUUCCAUAGAUUGGCGCGACAAUGUCCCGACUUUUUGACAGCAGAUCCAGCAGUCCUUAAAGAUUUCCGGGCACGACUUACAUAUUUUUCAAUAGGUGUAUGUGGUUGUAAAAGGUCUCUAGAAAAACACUCUGGAAAGAAAUUGAAUGAAGAUCAGCAGAAAAUUGCUCCUGCACUAUUUGAAAAUAUAAGUAGUCUCAUAAAUGAUUUGUAUUAUACUGUCCCAAUCUAUGAGUGUAAAAUUCAACUAUCAUUCAAAUCCCUCACAAAGAAAAUCCAGCUUUCACCAGAAAAAAGUUCAGUACCUCAGAAGAGGCACACUCCUAUUCAUUUUGAAUCAAGUAAUGGUUCUGCACCUAAAAACGCCAGGCCCAGUAAAGGAGAAGGAAUUAAACUGUACGCGCCUCCUAGUGGGAAGUUUAGCAACAAUUUCCAGAGCUAUGGUGAAACCACACUGCAUGCGAUACAUUCAUGCGUUACACAGGAAGCGCGAGAAACCCACUGCUCACCAGCGUCAUCUCAAGAAGGUUUUGAAACUACCGGUAGCUCGUCAUAUAUUGCAGAUUAGAAGAAGGCGGAAUCUGACCCUGAGACAGAGCAAUCUGCCCCAGUUAAGAAAUAAUAACCAACAUCUAUUGACCUCAUUAGUUUAAGUAUUUAUGAGUUUACGUUGUUUAUUUUAAUGAUACGUGUUCUGUAAGAAUCGUAUCACGUUAUUUACUUUAAGUUGCAUUUGUUCCAUCGUUCUAAAAGUAUUAACACAAAAUUUAUUAAUUGUUUUUAAGUUUUGCCACGAAUCUCAGGAUUUUAGUUCUAUGUUUGUAUUUAUAUGCAGGAAUAUGUUUUAGUUUGAAUUCCUACUCAGGAAUUUAUUUUAGUUAAAAUGAUAAUUAUUGCUUGACUGAUUGAAGACUCAAAUACUAGUUAAUGUGACUGUGACACAUUUAAGAACUUACAUGUUUUUUAAGUGUUACAUAAUGUUCCUUUCAUUUGUAUUAAUACCAAGUUUUAAUUAAUGCGUAUUUUUACGUUUUUGUUUUAUUAGAAAGAGUAAGUCUAAGUACCACUAGCUACACCUUCACAUGAUGACAUUAAGUGAAUCAAUCAUUUCAAAAACGUGUCAAGUUACAACUCUUGAAUUAUUCAAACAUGGAUCACAAAUGAACUGACUUAAGCUUAAUAUAUUUGAGUUUCAAAUGACUGGGAAGUCAAAUAACCUUCACAGUUUAUUGACAAUGAACAAAACCUAAAAAACCGUUCUUGCCUAAAAUCAUUGUAGCGAAAAAUAGCGUUAGCGGUAAAUAAUUUUAAUGAAACAAUCACAUUUUUUCUUAUUAUUUGAAAUUAUACUAUAACAUCAAGUUAUGAAUAUAUGUAACAUUUGACAUGGUUUAAUCCUUCUGCAAAAAAAGCUUGAAGAAAAAUGUGAUAAGUGGUUUUUGAAGUGACUGAUUCAAUUAAUAAUGUCAGCACAUUUUUCUUAGAAAAAGGCAACCGAGGAAGCUGAAACGUUAGUAAACUUUCACUUCUACAUCUGUGGUUUCAUUAAAUGGCCAGAAAAAUAUGAAGAUAGAUCAACGAGGCAACCACAAGGUUAGUUUUGGUUGUUACAUUUACUGACGGAUUUGUAGCAGAUUGAAAGAGGAACAUGAAAUGAAGAUAUGAAAAUUGAAAAGCGGGCAGCGGCUUCAAUAAUUAAUGUUUGAGAACGUAUAUUCCUGUCCAACUGAAGAACGGUCAGAGUACCUGCG